CGCUUGGAGAAUGCAAGCAAAAUCAUCGUUCUCUUUGGGCGAACCGUUGGCCCUUUCAACAUUCGCACUACCUAGUGCCUCAAAAGCUGGCUAUUCUUCACACGUUUUGGGCUCCUACACAAAUGUUCCACGAAAUGAAGACGGCUGGCUGACAUUGACCUGUCAAGGCGACGGCGUUCAUAUAGUGGAUUUGUCCACCAAUCGGCGCUUUGCCUCCUUUACUCUUGGUCCCUCUACGACUUUUGCAUGCCCUUCCAUCACAACUGUGGUGGAGGAUCAAGGAAUGUUAUCAAGGACAACUUAUGCGGUCGUCGAAACUUCCCCAAACAUAGAUUCAGAUGGGCGGGGUCGUACAAUAUGGAUGUGGCAAGAAACCCAUUCUGGAAAAUCUCCCAACUUAUCGGCUCCCAAACGAAUCGACGCCACAGUAGAACAUCGCAUAUGCUCAAUGCAUUAUGUCCAAUCUUCAAAUUUAUUCAUACUCUUUUCGGAUGAAAAUGAGAUUUUGACGGUUGACUCUGGAUUCAAACGGUUAUACGCCACCAAGCUAGAAAUUGAAGACAGUUAUGCGGUGUUGCAACGUUGGGUACUUCACGAUGUCACAUUCAUAACAUCGCCGGAUGCUAUGCAGAACUCCAUAAUUGCGCAGGCAAUGCAUAACCAUGAUGGUCAACCUCUAUUGCUGCUCUACUCCUGUGGUCCAGACGGAUCACUCACAUUUUUAGAGAAGUUACCAAUCGAUACUAAUGCCAAGGAACUUGCGUACUGCACACUCUCACAAUCUGGGGAUUUCUCAGUGUUAUCCCGACAAGGACAAUGGUAUCACUAUAGACUGCGCCUAGCCCACGAUUCAUGGAGCUUGACUCAAUCCUCGACGCCAUUCAGGCUGAAGUCACUUACCCUCUUCGGUUCAACAUCAGCUUCUUCCCCAACCACACUUCUGUCCCUCACCGCCUCUCAUGUUUUUCUUGCAUCAGUUUCGUCCACCUCAGAACUCGUUCUGCAAAUAUGGGAUCUCAAGUAUUCUCUGUUGAUGAGCAUUGCUACAGCGCUGAUAUCCGGUCUCAGCGGCGAGUGGCGGCUACGAUUAAUUGGUGCCUCUAAGUCCCAGGUUUUCCUCACCGUAUCUCCUCCACUUGAUGAAACGUCCAAAUCUGCCGUGAAAGCUCGGCGUUCGACCGUCUUUUCCGUACCAUACGCCGUUCCCCCCUUUUCGACAAUCGCGAAUGCUAUCUGUCAAUCCCAGAAAGUCGACCAAACUCCAUGGGCUUACUCCAAUAGCACCGUCACACCUACAUCUCCAGAGGCAUCAGCCCAAAAAGCCGUGGCCACGAACCUACGCCAUGUCAUGCCUACCGCUUACGGUCCGUCUUCCUGGGCCCUGAUACAAGAACAGUCCGAGGCCCGCCAUCGCGAUUUCGUUGAUAAAUUCACUUUGGCGCUCAAUGAUGAAAAUUACAGUGGGGCCGCAGCAGCUUUCACAAGCUGGGAGAAAGAUGACGCGGGGACAGGGGACGAAGUAGAAGGGUCCCACAAAGAAAAAAUGCCCUACCAAUUUGCCGCCACCUUUAUCAAAGCGAUUCUGAGCCUGCCCAGAAUUAACAAGAAACUUUGGACGGUCACACAGACCCUCCUUUCCUCCCGUUCAGUGUUCAACAACAUGCUACCUUCAGAGGGUGGGAUAUUCCGUCGGCUGAUGGAACUCGAAGAAUGGACUUUUGUGCUACGCUCGCUCGAAGUCCUUCCCGACAUACCAGAAGAUGAACUCGCGCGUGGUCUGAAAACUGUUGUUGAUCUAACCCUGAAGGUUCAAUCCAAACGCAUUACAGCGGUCGGACCAGACGAAGGGGAGGCUAUGGAACCAAAUUUAACCCUGCACACCUUACUACCGUCAUAUCUUGCGCGCAUGAUCGCUUAUCCUUACGCUCCUACGCUACUUCGAACUGCCUUCCGGAAGCAUGUGAAUGAUCCCAAGCACCUUGUCCACAUUCUGCCGAUGCUUUCGCAAUGGGCACGCACUUACUUGAAACAGGAUGACGUCGUUUUUCUGAAGCCGCAGCCCACCGCUUUGGUAUUCUACCCCUCGUCAUCCGAAGCUAAUACCCCUCCGAUGCCGUCAUUCGAGACUCUAUUACUAUUCCUCGAGAACUUUCUCGAUUCUUCAUUCGUCUCUUUGGUCCAGUACGAGGCUGCGCAUUCAUAUCUCGUCGAUAUUGCGAACAGUAUUCGGUUAACAACUAAGCUGUUUGUAGAGUUGGAUACGUUGAAGGGUCCCUUGGAGCCCUUUAGCGAGACCGGAAGCUACCGUAUAGACAACCUUCCACAGACUACUGCGAGAUACACAGUCCAGCGCAUCGUGUUGUAAUUUGACUUGCUAGGUUCGUUUGCAUUGCGCGCGGGGGGUAUGCUUCGCGUGAUUAUUCAAUUUCU